AUGAACGCCUCUCCAGAACUCUUCGUCACUCUCCCUGCCAAGCGCAGAGUCCGCAUCUGCUACCAAACCUUUGGAGACCCAGAAGACUCGGCCGUCAUUCUCAUUGCGGGCCAUGCAGGGUCCAUGCUCGAUUGGUGUGAUGAACUCAUCCCUCUGUUCAGCCCUGGGGGCAGUCGACACUUUAUUAUCCGUUAUGACCAUCGCGAUACAGGACUAUCGACCGAGUUUCCUGUUCCUGGCGGGUACACCAUAUCUGAUAUGGCCGACGACGUCGAGGGUCUAGCUGAUCACCUCGGACUAAACACGAAGGGAUAUCACGUCGUCGGGGCCAGUAUGGGAGGGGGCAUCGCGACCUUGGUUGCCGCACGCAGACCCCAACAAGUCAGGAGCCUAACUUUGCUCUACACGUCCCCCGGCCCGAGCGAGGAACUACCCGUCAAAGACGUACUCAACCUGGGACUCCAGCCAACAAUCGCUGGCUUCGGAGACGGGAGGGAGACACACAUCAGGAAUGGAAUCAUCCUUUACAACGGCCUCACAACUAAACCACCCUCACCAGAGGAGAGACAACAAUUCGAGGAUCGGAUCGCCCGGGUCGUGGACAGAGACAUGCGCGGAGGCACGCUGUACAGCAAGAAUGCAAACCACGGUGCUGCAUCUUUUGGUCACUGGCCUGGAAUCAAGCCGCUCAACCAAAUCAAGUGUCCGGCUACUGUGAUUCAGGCUGCCAAUGAUCAGAUCUUUGGGGUGGAGCACGGAGAGACUUUGGCGAGAGAGAUUGAAAAGGCUGAAUAUGUCUUGUUUGAGGAUGUUGGUCAUGAGUUGCCGUGGAGGAUCUGGAAGCCCUUAGCGGAGACGUUUUUGAAGACAUGGAAGAGAGGUGACGAUGAGUGGGCAGAACGCAAGGAAUAG